AUCUUAAGCUAAAAGUUGGAAUGCGUUACGCUAGACCGACUCCCAGUUAUUGGGUGUGAGACGACUUUUUGGCCUACCUUUAAAAUUAUAAAUACCAUGUGAAGCAAACGGUGCUUGUUGCUGCUGCAAUGAGGCCGACCGGCUAAACACGCUCGUCAGCGGCAACAGCAGCGCCAGCGAUGACGUCCUUGUUGCCAAUGGAUACGUCAUCAAAGGAACCGAAGUCGGAGCAGCUGGAGUUGGAGAUGGAGAUGGAGGGCAAACUGGAGUCAAAGAGCCCACAUGCAACACCCACACGCAUACCACAUCCCACCCCAACCGCAACCAAUGAUGGGAAUGGCGAUGGCGGCAGCUCGGAGCAUAUUGUUCCACUGCGCCGUUCCGCCUCCAUGCGCUUGCGCGGCACAAAAUCAUCGACACCACAAUCGUUGUCGUGCCUUCCUGCCGGUGCUUUCAGUCCGCGCGCCAAGCUCGUCGAGAGCAGCUCACCAUCGUCGCUAAGGUCUGCCUCAGUCGGCACCCAUUCGGAACGUCGCUUAAAGCGUAAUCGCAGCUGGUGCAAUUUAGGCCAACACAACACAACGUUGAAAUCCUUGCAGGAUACGUCGACAUCGACAUCGACAGCGAUAUCGACAGCAGGGGAGCUUGCAUUAUGCAGCGACACACAGUGCCUGGAAAUAACAGAGAGACAACAACAGCAGGAAUCUGAGUUUAAUCACGGCCUGGACAUGUCCGCCUCCAAGUCGCGUAAUAUGUCUUUGCAGCUAAACGGCGGCAGUGCUGAGACAACUGGCAAAACCAACUCCACGUCCACGUCCACGCCAAAGACACCCAAGACUCCAUCGACGCCGGCAUUGAACGGCGGUGUUUCAGGAGUUCACAGCUGUGUGCGAGACUCGCACUGUGCUCGCUCCUCCUCCUCCUCUAAGAGCCUGAGGAAACCGGAGGCCACAGCCACGAAGCUGUCGACGGUGCCGGAGACUAAGAUAUCGCCAAAGACGCCGCCAGUGACACCGGAUUCGCCAAGCACCUAUCUGGAUGAUGAUCUAGACUCGAUGUAUUCAUUCGCAACCACAACCUCGGGCCGCUCCACCAUGUCCUGCGAGCAUCCCUACGUGGCCAGAAACGGCACCACAUUCAGCGGUCGCAAGAUGAAGUACGUGGUGCAUUGCUCCAACUAUGCGGGUCAGGUGGGACCCGAGUACUUGACGCCAACGCAGCGGGCGCAGCGUCAGAUACGCCGACUCAAGGAGUUGCUGUGCAUUGCUCGCCAGGAUCUGGAGGCCAAGGAUACGGAAAUAAUGCGACUCACCAGGGAGGUGGUCGAAUUGCGACUGUUCAAGGCAUCGCUGAGUUCGCCCGAAGAGCGUUCCGCUUCGUCGGAUGCGGUGACAGUGCGUGAGGCAGAGCUGAAGACGUCACAGGAUGUGUCGCCCAUUGUGGACAUGGUGGAUGAGGCGAAGUGCAGUCCACGGCACCUGGUGCGACUUCAACAGCAACAACAACAGCAGCAGCAUCAACAGUUGCAGGUAAUGCAAAUGUCGGCGGAGAUGCAGAGUUCAUAUGCGGACUCGGGACAUUUUGAGGAUCUGACAAUGUCGUCGGUACACUCAAAGGAUUCGCAGACGCAGAGUGAAAUGACACCCGAGGCGGCGACCAGCAGCCUGGAGAACUACGAACUGCAGCGACAGGAGCUCAUUCGGAUGUACGAGCAACGCAUCGAGGAGCUGAUACGGAGCCAGGACAGUGCGAGCAGCGACAUGAAACGUUCCCACAACGACAAAGUCGAGGCGCUGCUGCAGAAGCUGGCCGAGUGCAACACACGAUACUCGGACAUUGUGCCGGACUAUGAGCAUGCCAAGCAGCGCAUACGGGAGCUGGAGAAGCAGCUGGAGGAUCUGCAGCGCAAGCUGAUCGAGCACGAGGAGAAACAGAAUAAGAUGUACUUGCACAUGUAUCAACAGGGUCAGGAAGCGGAGCGCAUUUCGCGUGCCGAUCAGGCCUUGGAGCUGGCACAGCGUCAGCCGGACAGCAAGGUGUCCAUCAAUGAGCUGCUGCAGCAGCUGCAGAGCACACAGGAUGAGCUGGAGAAUAUACGCGCAUCAGAGUGUAGAGUGAGGGAGUGCGGCAGUAAUCACGCUCUCCUUACUGCAAAGGAGGCGAUUUCUUUGUGGGUACUUGGCGCGCGUAAGACGAUAUAUCGUCGUUUAUUGGAGGCCCAAAAGAAUCGCACUCAUGUCGAUCCAGAAGUGACGUUGCAGUUCCUUAAAAGCGCUAUUUUCUACUUUCUAACGGAUAAGGAGAAUUCCCAGGGCCAUUUGCAGGCCAUCGAGAGCAUUCUGGAGUUCACCGACGACGAAAAACAAAAGAUCAAUCAAGCACGAUCGCCAAAAACCAGCAAAAUAAUGUUUUAUUUUUUAGUGUCGCUAAAUUCAUUGUUUUGUGUCUUGUUCAACUUAACGAAUUUAUUUUCAAUUUUAUUUUUUGUCAAAAAUAAUUUUGAUAAAUUGAGACGUACCCUAAUAUUUGUUUUAUGGCGACAAAAGCAACGAAGAGAAAGAAAGAAAAAAGAAUGAAAGAACGAAGAGAAAACCUUGUAUAAAUUUCAUAUAUAAGAAGCUGUGUAUUAAUUUAGCAAAUUUUGUGUUAAGCAAAUGAGUACGUCCUUUAAAAAUGUAAAAUGCGAUACAAACAUAAAAAAAAACAAAAGACAAUUUUAUUUUAAAAUAGUGUACAUCCAUUUUGAUAGUCCUGAUUGUCAGAUUAAACUCAGGCAUAAGCAAAAAUCACAUCUAGUUUUGAUCGUGUUUCAGUGAAAUUUUAA